ACUACAGUUUACUAUAAUGAAUACUAUAGUAGUUUUUUCAUGUGGGGCACGAUUGUAUUACUAAUUUAGACAUACGAUGAUAUUAUUAUGUUUUAAUCCAAGAUACAUCAAAAAUAUCAUGGUAGUGUGCAAAAACGACGGUCUACUUUGUAAGUUGUCAGAGUAACGCCUGACAGUGUUGAAAAGCGCGGCUGUUAUCUGUGACAGCAUCAGGAAAUGUGUGUUGACGCGCGCUCAUUCAUCUCGUCUCCUCGUGCUGAUUCCAGCCAAUGAGCGCCAGGACACCCCCACCAACCAGAGAUAUUCCUCAGAAUCUGAUUCUGCGGGACAUAUACUGUACCUCACCCAAUGGACCGGUCCAGACGCAAUGAAUUAGGAACCGUGAUAACUAUUUUAACAUAGAUAUUUUCAGAUUCCUUCUGCUGCUCGAAUGAAAGGAACUUACUUGGAUACUUAUGAAUAUUAAAUAGGCUGUUUUAUAUGGAUAUUUCAGAGUACCUUUAUCGAUCCUAACGUGGAAAGAUACAUUAUUUGAAUUGUGAGGAAUACAGUAUCUCAAGACCCACAAUGAACCUGUGACAUUUUUUUUUUUUUUUUGGAUUAAAACAUUUCACAAACUGACCGUGUAUAACAUGCGCGAGUUUGAUGGAUUUGGUUGCGCGUCAGCGGCGCGCAGGGAAAGACAGCGCGCGCGUAAAGGAUUUCUGUCACGCCGUGAACCGAGCGGCACCGCUCACAGGAUUUACCUGCUCUUCAUCUUACUGCUGCUCAUGUUUACUCCAACUGUGGACUCGUCUUGGUGGUACAUUGGUGCGUUAGGUGCACGGGUCAUAUGUGACAACAUUCCAGGGCUGGUGAACAAGCAGAGGCAGCUCUGCCAAAGACACCCAGACCUCAUGCAAUCCAUCGGAGAGGGAGCCAAAGAGUGGAUCCGAGAAUGCCAGCACCAGUUCCGACACCAUCGCUGGAACUGCAGCACGCUGGAACGAGACCAUACUGUGUUUGGCCGUGUCAUGUUGCGCAGUAGCCGUGAAGCAGCAUUCGUUUAUGCAAUUUCUUCUGCCGGCGUGGUUUAUGCCAUCACCAGGGCAUGCAGUCAAGGAGAGCUGAAGACCUGUGGCUGCGACACCCACAGGAGAGGCAGAGCCAGCGAUGAAGAAGGGGACUUUGAUUGGGGCGGCUGUAGCGACAACAUUAACUAUGGAAUCAAGUUUGCCAAAGCUUUUGUGGACGCCAGAGAGAGGAUGGUCAAAGAUGCCAGAGCACUCAUGAAUCUGCACAACAACCGCUGUGGGAGAAUGGCAGUGAAGCGUUUUAUGAAGACUGAAUGCAAGUGUCAUGGAGUCAGUGGGUCAUGUGCUCUCAGGACAUGCUGGCUGGCUAUGUCUGAUUUCCGACGAACGGGGGACUACUUGAGAAAGAAGUACAAUACUGCUGUGGAGGUCAUGAUGAACCAGGAUGGUACAGGCUUCAUGGUUGCAGACCGAGAAUACAAGAGAACAACCAAAAAUGAUCUAGUGUACGUUGAGAACUCUCCAGACUAUUGCCUAAUGGACCGAUCGGCGGGUUCUCUGGGUACAGCGGGACGGGUGUGCAACAAGUCUUCCAGAGGCAUGGACGGCUGUGAGGUCAUGUGCUGCGGCCGUGGGUACGACACCACCCGUGUAAAACGUGUGACCAAAUGCGAGUGCAAGUUCAAAUGGUGCUGCGCUGUGGAGUGCAGGGACUGUGAGGAAACUGUGGACGUCCACACUUGUAAACCACAUAAGAAACCCGACUGGCUCGAUUUGACUUGACUGCUGUGUCCAUGACCAAUCAGCAGCUACUGGUGCUUUUUUGUUCUCAGGUUUUUAAAGUGGGCCACUGCAUUGUGGGAUGUGUAGUUUAUGACUAUAACGCUCUGAUCUCCACUUGCAGAACCCUGAACUUUAUUCGCCUUACAUGAUGCAAGAGCAGAGAUCACAGGCCAGUCUGGAGCACUGGUAGACGGUGGGUAUCAUGGGAAAUUAUACAACGGGCAUUGUCUGGUGUUUUAUUGAACGAACUGUGAUCAGGACACAAUCCUUUCACUAUUUUCAAACUGUAAAACACCUUUUACUGAUAAUAUGUGUGCCUAUAUACAUCAAAUUAUGUUUUUGGACAGCUGUGAUAAAUGCAUUAAUGCAGUUUUAGGGAAGAACAAUAUACAGCAUCAGUUCAAGCUUCCCAAAGAACAUAGCAAAUAAAUAAAAUGCAUUUCACGCCAAGAACAAUUCCAUUUAAUUGUCCAAAAUGAUACUUUGAAGGGCGUUGUAAAAAUAUUGUCAAACAGCGAUAACUGUGUUACCCUUCACUUACUUCAUGGACCAUGAUUUUGAUACACAACUUGUGCAUGAAAGAAUUAGAUCAAUGAUCAGUGUAUCAUGACAUAUACCAUUGUCAUUGUAUAUAUCAGAGAAAUAUAUUUCAUCUCUUGUUAUCUUUUUAAUACUUAAGCACUUAAACAUCCCUUCAAAUAUGAGCACUUUUGUUUGGUUUGGUAGAGUUUGGUUCCGAUUAACUUGUCUACGAUCAAGUCAAUAUUUUCCCUGAUGGAUUUCUCAUUGAAAUGUGAUGUUUAUUGAAAUAAAGAGUCCAAACCAUCAGACUAUAGACUAUAUGAAAUUGUACACUCAAAUCUGAUUGGCUACAUUAGUUUCUGAGAAUAAAAGUGCACAGAUUUGCUACAACGUGGGCUUCAGGUUGCUGGAAUUACUCAGGGUUUGCAAUGUAGCAUCAAGUCUUUGAAAAUACUUAUAGUUUGUGUUGAGGCAGUCAAUAGCAACUAAACAAGAUGCCUUCAAGAUGUUUUGUGCAUGAAAUAAUAGCUACUCUGAAGCCGAACGGCCUCUCUGAAUGUAUUACUGCUCGCUUCAUACUUAUGUCCUCAUGUAAAACCCACACUAAAGGCCAAAUCAUUGCUAAAAUAAGACAGCAGCUUACUGAGAUUGAGCAGUAAAAAUAGUCAGGUUAGCAUGACUUGCAUUCUUCGCCAUUCAUUUUGUUGGUCUGAAUGAAGCACCUUGGUUUGACAACAUGGUUGUUUCUAAAUUUGCUGUUAAGAUGGAUGAGUGAAUGAAGCGCUCGGGUUGUCAUGCCGGUCGGUAAUGCAUGUCCAAAAUGGUGGCCUCAUUAAUCUAAAGCAACCUGAAACUGUCAGGUAAAGGCCAUGGAAGCUUAUUUUGUCAUUGUACAAACUGCCAUUGACGAAAGAGACUAAAAAGGAAAGCAGUUGCUAUACAAACAGUGUCCUAUUUAUUUAUUUUUUGGCCACUAUAUGUAAAAUUGCCACAAAAUCCUUAAAAAAAUAAAGAAAUGUAUAUAUUUUUAAAACAAAUAUUUAAUUAUU